AUGGUCAUGGAAAUGUCCAAAACCUAUCAGUAUCGUAAGGUUAUGAAACCCUUACUGGAACGUAAGCGACGAGCCCGCAUCAACAAGUGUCUGGACGAUCUGAAGGAUUUAAUGGUCGAGUGUCUAACACAGGAGGGCGAACAUGUUACGCGCCUCGAGAAGGCCGAUAUUUUGGAACUGACCGUGGAGCAUAUGCGCAAAUUGAAACAACGUGGCAAUUUGGCUGUGCGCAGUUCAACCCUAAAUGCCCACGUGGAGUCCUUUCGUUCAGGAUAUGUUCAUGCCGCCGAUCAAAUAUCUCAAGUUUUGCUGCAACAAUAUUUCGAUGAUGAUGUCCGCAGUAAAUUGAUGAAAUUCCUAUCCACGCGGUUGCUGGAUAUGCAACACAGUUUGGGAUUACAAAGUGCGGCGGCAGCAGUAGCAGUGCCACCUCCACCAUCUUCCUUAGUUCCUGAUAUCACCACCGCCACCAAUACCUACAAUAUGCAAAAGUCCUUUUGUGAUUCCUUGCAAACUGUCAACCCAACGAGAGCAUUGGAACCAUUUUCGCAAUUCCCCAGAGGAAUUUCGUCUAACCUAAAUCCAUUGCCCAGUCGUGAUGCGAAGGAUACCAGUGAUAUGAUUGACAUCAUUACCGUGGAUAAUUCAAUGGACUCAUCGGUGUCGAAUAGUUCGAAUAACUCUGAUUCUGUAUGGCGGCCCUGGCAAUUGGGUUCCAAAGAAAUGUGUUAA